AGACUGAAGCACAUGUGACAUGUUUAUAGAUCUAGAUCUGAUAGUGUAGUUUACACCAGAAAGCAAGUUGUUUCAUGUUGUUUGAGAGGUCACUCACUGCACUGACAUGGUACUAAGAAAGGCAGUCCUGGUUUUAGGUUUCAUUCUGUUGGGCCACUCGGCUUUCUCUGCUGAGCAGCAUCGAUCGUUCUUGAAGUUAGCUGAAGAAGAAUAUAGUUAUCUGCCAAAAGACAUUGCUUUCGAGUGUCUGAUGGCCAGUGUGCUGUGUGUAUUCGGAGUGCUCAGUUUAAUGGGGAAGUUCAAGGACAUCAAGCUCACAACAGAACUCAACACUCAAUCAUUUGAAACAGUGGACAAUAGACUAGGAUUUAUGACCUUCAAUCAUCGAUGUGUUUCAUGAUCAGUUAACACAAUCAGCUACAUCUUGUACUGACCAUGUAUCUAUUCUUCAAUUGAUGUAAUAAUUUC